AUGUUUGUGGAGUGUUCCUGUCUAGGAGUUAACGGAACUGCUACCCCAGGUCUCUGUGACUCCGACUGUAACAUGUUGGCACCGUUCAUGACACUGUCUUUCUUUGGCGGUCUCGUAGCCACCAUGGCAGGCAUGCCAAGUAUAAUCUUCAGCAUCAGGUGCGUCACAGAUAAACAAAAGUCGUUGGCUGUCGGAUUGUCUUCAUUUCUUCAGACACUCCUCGGUUGGUUCCCAGGGCCGAUGAUAAUGGGAAUGGUUACCGACACUUCCUGUUUGACUUGGAGCACUUCCUGUCGUGGUAAAGGCGCAUGCUCUAUGUACGACAUAUAUGACUUCCGACUGAAGCGUCACAUAAUCGAACUUGCUGUAAAAAUUGUUGUAGUUUCGAUGCACAUAGCUAUGUUUGUCAUUGCCAAACGAACCGAUUGGAGUCAGUUUGAUCACAAUGAAACUAUAACCGACAAGCCGGAAGGAGAAAUGCUGAUGAUUUCUAAUGGAAAAACCAAAGCGGGAUGGACAGACUACAAAGAUCCAAUUGUAAAGAAGAGAUGAUGACAACAUUUAAAAUAGUACCGCAGAUAGCAUUUUGAUAUUUAUCCGUGUGGACAUGCUGACCCCGAUAUCAUGAUGGCCCCUAAACCAUCAACUAAAAAUUACGGACGCAAUCACCACUGAUGUUCAUUCUAUCAGUAUUCGAUAGUAGUUAAGACGAUUUAAAACUCUAAAGAUAAUAUCAAUAAUGGCUGUCAUCUCGUUUUAUCCUUGAAAAUGUAUACAGUUAAUUAGUACUAUAGCAAAAAAGAUGCAC